AUGACGACCAAAGUAAAAACUAAACUUGGCGUCCUUGUGGGGGCAAGAAGAAAAACUCAAAAUGGCUUCGAAUAUGAUGACUUCCUUAAUAUACCUUACGCCAAACCUCCUGUUGGAUAUCUACGAUUUAAGAGUCCCCAGCCACCCGAUCCAUGGCAAGGAGAAAGAAAUAGCACGGUAUACAGUGAGUCCAACCUUUGCAUACAGUAUGACCUAUUUAAAAGAAUACCUCGCGGUUCUGAGGACUGCCUCUACAUAAACGUGUCUACGCCGAAGGUCCCUACAGUAGGUCUGUUAAUGCACCUCUUACCAGUCAUGGUCUUCAUACACGGUGGAGGAUUCUUCUUCGGGAAUGGUCUGGCUAAAUUCGAGAAUGGUCCAGACUACCUAAUAGAACAUAACGUUGUUGUAGUUACUAUGAAUUACAGACUCAGUGCUUUGGGAUUCCUUGCCUUAGACAUACCUGAAGCUAGUGGUAACAUGGGACUAAAAGACCAAGCACUAGCAUUAAAAUGGGUUCAAGAGAACAUAGCAGACUUUGGAGGAAAUAAAGAUGACGUCACCAUUUUUGGUAUUGGCGCUGGAGCGGCUUCCGUAGAGUAUCAUGUAAUAUCUCCUUUAAGUACAGGUCUGUUUCAUAAAGCUAUAAUGCAAUCGGGAUCAGUACUCAAUCCGUGGGCUAUAGAAACAUCAAAUAAAAUCAAAGAUCUUGCAUUUAAAUUGGCCCGAAAUCUAAACUAUCAAGGAAAAGGACUGUACUAUGGGUUUGUUCCAACAAUAGAACAACAUUUUGGAUAUGGAGAAGCAUUUUUGACGGAAAUACCAUACGACCUAUUGACUUCUGGACGAUUCAACAAAGUACCAGUUAUGAGAGGCUUUACCGAUUCAGAAGGAUUUAUAAUCAGCGGUCUAAAACCUCAAGACAUCAAAGAAAUAACUAUGCUUCAGAAUUAUGUUGAUUAUUGGAGAUUUCCUUUCAAUACUUCUACCGAUACAUACUAUUAUAAUGAGAGAUUUCGACACGUCUACAACACUUACAAAGGAAAUGACACUGAGAGGCCUGCUAUAGAUUUCUUUGGAGACUUUGAAUUUGUCAGUGGUAUCAUUAUCAGUUCCAAAUUGAUGGUGAAGAACGCAGUGCCAGUAUACUUAUAUGAAUUCUCGUAUGACGGUACAUUGAAUCUUAUUAAAGCAGCGAGCCGUGUCACCAAGAAAGGGGCGGGUCACGCAGAUGACACCGCGUACACGAUACUUAUAGAGCCGCGAAGGAAUCUCACACAGAAUGAUGUUACCGUUAGAGAUAGAAUUUCGACUAUGUGGACUAAUUUUGCUAAAUUCUCGAACCCUACCCCGAACAUAAGUAACCUGUUACCCUUAUACUGGCCGCCCUACAGUACCGGUGAACAAUUCCUCAUGAUCAUCAACAAGGACCUCUCUACGUGUUCCAAGUACGCAGAAGAACGAAUACAGUUAUUCGAAGAUAUUAUGAGGAAAUAUCAUAGAUAGAUGCUGGGACGACUUUGGAGUUUUUUUUUUA